AUGCACAUCAGCAUCAAAUACACCCCUGAAUCCGAGACGAUUCUCCCCGUCUCAGCAACAACAUGCCCGGACUCCUCACCCCGCACCGACAAAACAACCAAACCACAAUAUCUCUACUUCGCCUACGGCUCCAACCUCUCCCCAUCACAGAUGGAGCAGCGCUGCAUCAUCAAUCCCUCUCUAUCAGCGAAACCACUCGCCAUCGCCAUUCUUCCGAAGUGGAGGUGGCUUAUCUGUGAAGCGGGGUACGCUAAUGUCCUCCCUCCGCAAGGGAUGCGGGUCGGGCCACAGAACAGCGAAGCCGCGUCUAAAGUGCCGGUGUCUGGAACCGAGGAUGCUGUUUACGGCGUCUUGUAUGAAAUGGAUAUUGCCGAUGAAGAACUACUAGACGGGUAUGAGGGUAUCGAUUGCAAUGCGGAGGAAGCGGAUGGGAGUGGGGAGGUGGGGGUGGAUAUUCGGCCUAGGGAACAGGGAGAGGGAGACUACAACAAAUGGUAUCUUCCUGCUACUGUUGUUAAGUGGCUUGACGAGGAUAGCGAACAUCGGUUCAGGACGGAAUGUGGAGGCCAGGUUCCGGUUCUAGUAUAUAUUGACGAGGAGCGGGUGAUGGUGUCGCCGCCAAAGACUGAGUAUAUUGCUCGGAUGAAUCGGGCGAUUCGGGAGUCGGUGGCGUUGGGACUUUCCGAGAAAUGGGUUGAGGAGGUUAUAAGGCGGUUUAUUCCGGUGCAGUAA